CAUACACUAUAUUCUCGUGAUAGACAUGACAGAUAAUGGAAUAUGAAGUGAGAUUAAAAUUCGUCUGCUUGUCUUUUUUUUAAUAAUGAAAAUAAAGUAUUUCUUUUAAAAAAAUAAUCCUACUAGAAAAUGUUGAAUGUAAAAACAAUAGUGAUUAAGAAUUAUUUAUUGUAACAAUUACAAAUUAAAAUAACGUGAAAAUGGCUGCAGAACGUGAAUGUACGGUACAAGAUCUAAAGGAGAAGGGUAACAAUUGUGUAAGGGAGAAUAAAUAUGAAGAAGCAAUGUAUCAUUAUACACUUGGAAUUAAAAUGGAUCCACAAAAUUAUUCAUUAUACAGUAAUCGAUCACUGGUCUUUUUAAGAAUGCAACAGUAUCACUUAUCAAUGGAAGAUGCUCUUAUGACCAUUCAGAUAAAACCCGAUUGGACCAAAGGUUAUUAUCGAAAAGCCGAAGUUGAGUUUCAUACUUUUCGAUUCAGUGAAGCAAUUCAGUCUUAUAGAAAAGCUCUUGAAUUGCAACCAGAUGAUCCUAGCAUAAUAGACGCAAUGAACAGAGCUUCCAGGUCACUCAUACAAGAUAAAAGAGCUGACCAACAAAUUCCAUGGCUUGGUGCCGGUGUUGGAAUAAUACUAGGAGUGAUAGUCGUAAUUGCUGAUUACGUAUUCACAAACAAACCAACACUAUCGCAUCCAAUUUUAAUGGUUUUAUUGACAAUGGCAAUAGCAAUAAUUGGCUUUGGAGUAGCAAAAGGAUUUCGUUAUUUCGUUAAAUGUCAGAGAAAAUCGUUGCUUGAACCGCCGGUGGAUUUAUAUGAUGAAGAAAAAGAAGAAACACCGUCCGAUUCAGACAAAAGUACAGAAAAAGAUAAACAUCCAAAAUAUAGUAAAGCGCAAGCUCGACAAAGAUUUAAGAAAGGGAAAUUAUAGCAAAUUAUUGACUAAAAUUUUGACAUAUUUCUUAUAAUUAUAUAUAUAUUAAAUCAUAAGUUGCACCAAUUCAUUAAAACCGUUUGAAUGCAUAUAAUGAUCAUCAUAAAAUCAAUAAUUCGAAGUAUAAUCUUCUAUAAAAGAACUGAUCUUUUUAUCCGCGUGUAUAUCACUUUUCAAAUUUUAUAAAUUAGUUUUUAAUUUAAAUUAAUCGACAAAUCUGAAGUAAUAUAUUAUAGUUUAAAUAAUAUAAACUGUAAAUUUGUUUUAAAAAAAGUUAUUACCUAAGUUUAUCUUUAGUUAACAAAAUUCUCGCAUUAUCAUCUCUCUAGCGAGCUCUGUCGAUAACUACGAUAAAAAAAAGAUAAAAUGCUUGUUUAACUAGAAUAAUUAUUUAUAAUUAUUUUGUAAUUAAAAUAAUAAUAAUUUUAGAAAUUAUAAAUAUAAUAAUUAUUUUAUAAAGAUAGGAUUAUUAUUACAUGUAUUUCACUGGCAAAGGUUGGCAAUUAUUUUUAGUUAUUAGGACCGGAACAAGAUUAGAAAUACUUCCUCCAUGAGGAAGGAAAAUAUAAAUGUAAUACAUUAUUAUUUAUUAUAUGUGGAAUGCUAAUAACAAAAUUUGUAUUAUUUGUUGAAAAAUUAUACUGUAUUUUUGUUCUUUGAA